AUGAGCGUCACAAGGUCUCCUACAAAAGCGGCCGGCGCACCAAGUCUUACUAGUUCUCAACCAGACUUAUCAAAGUGUGAGCUACCCGUAAUCGAUAACUUUGUAUUUACUCGAAAACGUAAACAACCUGAUGCCGACGUUGAGGUCAAGGAAGCAAUAGCCGAACUACGUAAGGACAUGAUGAGUUUCCUGUAUGAAUUCAAAAGUUCACAAAAAGCUGAAUUUCAGCAGGUGAGGUCGGAUGUAACGGAUGUCAAAAACCAAUUGGAAUCGAUAAAGGUUGCAAAUAAUGAUAUUAUUAGAGAUCAUAAUCAGUUUCGAAAAGACCUGUCAUCUCUGACCGAUUCCCUGGACUUCCAGAGUAAAGAACAAGAUGAUUUGAAGUUCCGUAUGAAUAUAAUUACUACGAAAACCGACAAAAUAACUAGUUUGGAGUCUGAGCUCACUAUCGUUAAGCGACAAUUAACUACCCUCCAAAUGGAACAGAAUAUUCGGGAACAGCGCGAGCGCGCAGCGUCUCGGCCCGUCAAGAAAACUCUCAACUUCAACAUGUUCGUGCUCCGACCCAAAAAAGGAGCAUCUGAUCGCAUUUUCGUCACAACCGAUGGCGUAUCGAGAUUUGGGCCAAUAUUGGAGAUGUUUGUUCAAUAUUUUCAAGGGCUGCUGUCAGUGAAACUUCCUCAAGAUAAUAGUUUAUCUGUUCCUAAGAAAGCGGGUGUGCCGGUUGGAAACACUGCUGAGAAUGAAGUGGAUAGUUUGCAAGAGUUAAGGAUGCCUGGGAUCGUUGUGAGGCCUUCGCGUACUAAACCGGGAACGUAUGAAGUGGAAAUAGACAUGGUUGUGGAUGAUGGCCAGCCAGAUGAGAAGACGCAAUAG